UCCAAUGAAUCUGGGCUUCUUUUUAUUAUUUUUCUGACACUUUUCGUCAAACACUUUGGAGAAUAAUGGAAGGCACACCCAUUCGUCAACCCGUUGCAGCCAUGAUUUAUACUUGUGCUGAUUGCGGUUGUGAAAAUCAGCUCAAGCCUCGAGAGCCAAUCCGUUGCCAAGAUUGCGGCCACAGAAUCAUGUACAAGAAGCGAACCAAGCGAAUGGUUCAAUUCGAAGCUCGCUAAAAUAAAAAUUAGCAUACUAUCAUCCACUACUACAACCACUACAGCAACAACUUUUUUGCCAAUACAUUUCCUCUCUAUCGCCUCAUAUCACUUUUCAUUCAUUACAAUUUACACAAAAAAAUCAUUAA